CGAAGGUUGCGCAGAAAACUACCGCGAUGGAUCCUGCGAUGAUGGAGCAGUAUGCAGAUUGGCUGGACGACUUGGAGAAGUCCGACCCGAAGGCGUAUGGGCAAUUCAUCCAAGACAUGCAAGCAAAGAUGCAUGCAGCGGGUGGCGGCGACGACCCGAGUGCCGCAAUAGCAGCUGCCAUGCCGACGUCCGUUCCAGAUCAACUCAAGUUUCCCGGGAACAAGGUCAUGCAACGUAACGGCAUCGAAGAGCAGAAGGAAGGCAUGUACGUGGACGUCACGCCUGGCUUUGUCAUGAAGACGACCGAACAGCAGUCCAAGACCAAGUUGUUUGUGAACAUUUGCUCGUCGGACCAUAUCCAAAUCUUCUCCAAGAAGAAGCAGCUCGACGAGCACGGCGACGAGCAGGAAGGCAUCCACGUCCCGUUGAGUCUCGGACCUCCGCACGAAGUCGUGGAUCAUGCUCAGAAGACAUGCUUGGCGGUCGACGUCGCCGUCAACCCCGGGGUCUUGGACGACUGCAACAACGACGCAACCUUUCGACACUUUGUGUGCGAGUUGGCGCUGCAGUACUUGGCUGAAAAGUACAAAUUCGUGUGCGACCCCCAGUACAAACUGCCCAAGCUGUCGUACCGCGGGACGUUGCCGCCGUCGCGCCAUUACAUCCGCAAGACCCAGGCGCCCGUGAUCCAAGAAGUAUCGGCGGCUCCAUCCGCCAUCAUCCCUCCCCCAAAGGAACUUCAAACUCCCACAUGGCGCCUCUUUCACGGCCACUCGGACCAAGAAGAAUGCAUGAUCGUUCCUGCAUGUGAAGGCGGGCCGUUACCGACGCGCGACCGACUCGCCGCUGCCCCCGCCAUGUUGACGGCCGUGAUUGAGUUCCCUUCCACCUCUUUCCACUCGGGUCUCAAGACAAGUGACGCCAUGGACAUUCAGCUAAACGCAGAAUAUGUGGUGAUUGCCGCGGCGGGAUAUCACGAUGUUGCUCGGUUCUUGCCGUAUCCAAUUCAAGUAGACGCCGCCGUGGCAUCUGUCGCGGGGAGCAAGCUGACCCUCGUGCUCCCAGUCGACAAAGCGUGGACCCCUACCACUACUCGCGCCGACUCUACUUUGAAUCAAAAUAUCGUUGUAUGUCUACAUGUAAUCAAGGCUGACACCAACACGAUGUAUAUAUAUAUAUAUAUAUAUAUCGAUGGAAGGCUGUAUUUUAAGGUUCAUGAAGACGAGACGCUGCCCGAAGAUCGAUUCCACCAACGGGAUAUGAUGUCAAUGCACAUAUUGGACCAGCGGCGUCGGGAUAAAGCCCAGCAGGCCGCGAAAUCCGCCGCCGAUCGCGCCAGUCGCAAGGCGGACAACGAGAAAAAGCAAGCAGCUGCCCGCGCGGCCGGCAAAACGUGGGCGGAAAUGUACCCGACCGAGCCCGAGACGACGUUUGUGGACCUGAACGACCUGUUGGCCAAGUCGAACAGUACCGACGGAGCGCCAGUGUCCGAGGCGGCAGAUGCAGUCGCGAACCAGUGGAAGCAACAAGCAAACAAACACAUGCAGCUCAAGAGCUCGCUCGCGUUUGAAUUGCUAGAGUAG